AAUGGAGACACCGCAAAAAACUAUAAUCCAGAAUGGGACUGCAGUUUCUAAACUCAAAAACUCUCCAGUGUUCAACUACAUAAACAACCUAUCUCCAAUCAAACCUGUCAGAUCAAUCCCAAUCGCUCAAACCUUUGGCUCUCUCAGUCCUUCUGUCUACACUCCCCCUCACAAAGGAUCUCGUUUCAAAAGGUCAUUACUCAAAAGUUACCUCCUCUUCUCUUCUUCCUCCUAUCUUUUUAUUUGGAAUAUGUUUUCGUUUUGCAGUCAUACUUACUUCUCCGACCCUGCCAAAGAGUUAGUAGAAGAAGCUUUACUUGAAACCGUACCGCCAAAAAUACUCAAGAAUGACUGCAUUUCUACUCCUCCUAGUAGAGCUGCUGCCAAUGAUGGUUCUUGUGGAGAUGGUAAGACCGAUCUGCAGAAGCUGUGUGACGGCAAUGUCAAGCGUAAAAGUGAUACUCCAGAUUGGGAAACUCAGUUUCCGGAUACUCCUGAAAUGUUGAUUUAUGAUACACUGAAUGAUUCGGAGGCUGAUAGAUGCUUCUUGCCGGCAUCAUCAGACCUUAAAAGACGUUCAUGUGGUGGUACAAAGCCAAGACUGGAGCCUGUUUCAAACAGCAAAGAGUUGGCAGAUGCUCUUCACCGAGGAGUAAGAAGACGCCUUCUAGACUUUGAGAUGCCUGACAACCAAACGUCAGAAAAAUCUUCAUCGAGUUGUGUAGUACCACCUAGCACUGGUCUGCAUCUUAACACCGCCUUUGCAAUGUCCUCUAAGGACACCAAUGAGUACUCAUUAUCCGCAAACAUUAAAGUCGGUUUGCAAAAUUCUACCCCUCCGGUUCUUCACUCACAUGACAUUUUGAGAGAAAACGAAACCGGGGAAGCUGCAGGACAAAGUGUAGUAGAAGAGAUUCAAAAGUCUUCUUUAGCUUUAGUAGAAAUGAAUCAAAGCAGUCCAAAGAAGAAGAGACUUAAGUCUGACCAAGCAGGAGAAGGAGAGUCAUCAUGUAAACGGUGCCACUGCAAAAAAUCCAAAUGUUUGAAACUUUACUGUGAAUGCUUUGCUUCUGGAGUUUAUUGCAUAGUUUCAUGUUCAUGUGUAGAUUGCUUCAACAAACCAAUCCACGAAGACACUGUCUUAGCUACUCGCAAACAGAUUGAAUCCCGGAAUCCAAUUGCCUUUGCUCCUAAAGUCAUUAGAAAUACUGAUUCUUCCAUCAUGGAAGCUGGUGUUGAUGCAAGCAAAACUCCAGCUUCAGUGCGGCACAAAAGAGGUUGCAACUGCAAGAAAUCAAACUGUGUGAAGAAAUAUUGUGAAUGCUAUCAGAGUGGAGUUGGUUGUUCCAUAAACUGUAGAUGUGAAGGAUGUAAGAAUGCAUUUGGUAAAAAAGAUGUGUCUUCAUUUGUUGGUAUGGAUAUCAAACAAGAUGGUGAAAGUAAAACAGGGCAAACACAACAGAACAACGAGUUGUUUAGUUAUGUGCCACUUCCACCUUCAACACCAAUGUCAUUAAGACAACCAUUGGCUCAACUUCCCAUCUCAUCCAACAACAUGCUGCUUCCUCAACAGUCUCAGCAACUUCAUGGAGCUUCUGGAUCUUUCUUAUACGAGAACCAAUCUUUCAGAAAACAAGGCAUGGGUUUGUUGUCAAGGACUGAGACAAUCACAGAGGAUAUUGAGAAUGUUAUUCCAUCUCCAAUAACUAACAUCAAUGCAGUGUCUCCCAACAGCAAAAGGGUUUCCCUGCCUCAUCUUGAUCCACCAGUAUUGACUCCAAGGAGAAGAAAUGGUGAGAGGAAGCUGUUACUGUCAAUUCCAGCUUUUCCUUCUCUCCCUCCACACCAUUAAAAAUAUUCUUUGAAACUGUUUCUGAUGUCAACAUCUAGUUGGUAGUUUUAACUUACACAGCAACAACAUACACAAAACUUUUCUAGUAGUUUAGUGAUAGCACAUUUCAUUUGUGUAUCCAAAGGUUGUUUUUUUUUUGUCACCAAUCCAAAGGUUGUUUAAUUUAUCCUUUUCAACAGAUGCUAAGUAGUUUUGGACUGGUUUGAUAUAGCAAAGGCUGUUUAAUUUCCAAAGGUUAUUUAAUUUAUCUUAUUUGAUUUAGCAAUUUUCGACUGGUUUUAAAUAUAUUUAUAUAUACUAUCACAAAUUGUAAAUGGAAAAUUAAUAUUUUCUAUGAACAAUGAAGAAAUUAUAUUUUAUAGCGGAAAGUUAUGUUUUUCAAACUGUUGUAAAUCCACUGUAACAGUAUUUUGGAAAUUAUAUUUUUGAAGAAUUAGGCAGACAAAUCUUAAAAGAAAAACUCUUGAGAAAACAAACAUUUACACCAUUUCCACGCUAGCCAAAUGUGUAAAAUUUUAUAAACUAUUUUAUAAAAUUUAAAUAACUCUUUUUAGUAAUAUUGUUAUUAUCUAUUUAAAAUGUGACUAUUCUAAAUAAAUAUUAUUUAUUCAAAAUAGUAAGGUAGUUUUGACAACAAUAUAACUAAACUAUCAUAUAUGUUCUAUCGGUUCAGAGAACCAAGCUGGAAGUAUAUAAUCGAUAUAAAACAGAACGGUAGGGGAACACUUAUCACCUCAUGCCAGCUUGUCCGUCACUAGAUUUUGAGCCUUUUGAAAUAUGUCGGAUCUUGAAAGAAGGAAAGAAAAACUUGCUGCACUGGAACUUCUCCAAGUGUGUAGUAAAAGAUGGUAAUUCUUCAUGUGAUGAUACCAUCUUCACCAAUUAGAACAGUUUGUUACGAAAAUUACGUCUGAAAAAUUAUAGAUUUUCAUAGUCUAUAUCAAAAUUUUACAUUCAGCGUGUAAAGCGGAUAAGCUUUAAUACGAUCAACCGAAAAAAGCAAAACAAAUUUCCCCUCAAUUUGUAAAGGAUGGGCCAGAGUGGAGCGUAAAGAUCCAAAAGUCAAUAAUAAAAA